AUGGAACCCUCCUGGCUUGAGACGCGUUGGGCUCGGCCAAUCUACCUGGCAUUCGUGUUCUGCCUGGCCCUGGUGCUGCUGCAGGCCAUCAAGCUCUACCUGAGGAGGCAGAGGCUUCUCCAAGACCUCUGCUGCUACCCCGCACCUCCCACUCACUGGCUCUACGGGCACCAGAAGUUUCUUCAAGAAGAUGAAAUGGAAAAACUUGAGGAGCUUGUCGAAAAAUACCCUUGUGCCUUCCCUCGCUGGGUUGGGCCAUUUCAGGCAUUUUUGUAUAUCUAUGAUCCAGACUAUGCAAAGACCCUUCUGAGCAGAACAGAUUCCAAGUCCCAGUUUCCGAACCAGUUCUUGAGUCCAUGUACUGGAAAAGGACUGUUGAAUCUAGAUGGACCCAAGUGGUUCCAGCACCGCCAUCUCCUAACCCCUGGAUUCCACUUGAACAUCCUGAAACCAUAUACUGAGGUGAUGGUCCAGUCUGUGAACACAAUGCUGGAUAAGUGGGAGAAGAUGUUAAUCACUCAGCACACAAAUGUGGAGGCCUUUGAACACAUCAACUUGAUGACCCUGGACAUACUUUUAAAAUGUGCUUUCUCCCAGAAGACCAACUGUCAAAUAAACAGCACCAAUGACCCUUACGUAAAAGCAGUACUUGAACUCAACAAAAUCAUCUUUUACCGCAUGAACAGCUUCUUGGAACACCAUGAUAUAAUUUUCAAUUUCAGCCCUGAGGGUCACCACUUUCAGGAGUUACACCAAGUAUUACAUCACUAUACAGAAAAGAUAGUCCAGGACAGAAAGAAAUCCCUCCAGGAUGACAGGACACAGAAUACUCAGAAGAGGACAUACCAGGAUUUUCUGGAUAUUGUCCUUUCUGUCCAGGCAGAAAAUGCAGACAGUUUCUCAGAUAAUGACAUAUGGUCAGAAGUGAACACAUUCAUAUUGGCAGGGCAUGGCACCACAGCAGGGGGCAUCUCCUGGCUCCUCUACUGCCUGGCUCUGAACCCUGAGCACCAGCAGAGAUGCCGAGAAGAAAUCAGGGGCAUCCUGAGGGAUGGGUCUUCCAUCACCUGGAACCACCUGGGUGAGAUGUCAUACACCACAAUGUGCAUCAAGGAGGCACUCCGACUGUCCCCUCCAAUUCCAUCUAUUUCCAGAGAGCUCAACAAGCCCCUCACCUUCCCAGAUGGCCGUUCUUUGCCUGCAGGAAUGAAUGUGGUUCUCAGUAUUUGGGGUCUUCACCACAACCCUGCCAUCUGGGAAAACCCAAAGGUUUUUGACCCUUUGAGGUUCUCUCCAGAGAAUUCCGAUCAGAGACACCCUUAUGCCUUCUUACCAUUCUCAGCAGGACCAAGGGACUGCAUUGGACAGCAAUUUGCCAUGAUUCAGGUAAAGGUGGCCAUGGCCUUGAUCCUACUCCACUUUGAGGUGACUCCAGACCCCAAUAGACCUCCCAUCUUAUCAUCACAGAGUGUCCUGAAAUCCAAGAAUGGAAUCCACUUGUGUCUGAAGAAAAUACCCUAA